AUGCACUUAUCACGAGGGGUUGUACAAAAGUUGCUGAACGUAUCCGGAGUUCCGCGAUUUUCAGCGAGUCCGUUUCUGUAUUCCAAUUUUCAAAAAUUCAGUCGACUGUUAUUUUAA